ACCUUCACCACCCACCACUCUCUCUCUCUGUUUCUCUCUCUUCACAUUCUCAUUCUUCUCUCUCUUCACAUUCUCAUUCUUCUCUCUCUUCCUUCAUCCAUUCCUGUAACAGAUUUACAGUUACAACUUUCCCAAAGAAUCAACGCCACCUUUCUUUUUCGUUCAACUAUGACGGAUUCUCAGAAGGUGCCGGCUGCGACGGCCUCACUUUUCGUCGGCGAACUUCACUCCGACGUAACCACAGAUCAACUCUAUGCGGCAUUUUCUGAAUUUAAGAGUCUCGUUUCCGUUCACAUCUGUAAAGACUCAGCCACAGGGAAGUCCCUCUGUUACGGUUACGUCAACCUCACCUCUCGUCAAGAAGCAAUUUCUGCUAUUGAGCUGAAGAACAAUUCUUUACUCAAUGGAAAAGCGAUAAGGGUCAUGUGGUCAAGUUGUGAUGUGAGGAAAAGUGGCAAAGGGAAUGUGUUUGUUAAGAACUUAGCAGAAUCCAUAGAUAAUGUGGGACUACAUGAUUUAUUUCAAGAAUAUGGGAAUAUUUUGUCUAGCAAAAUUGUCAUGUCUGAAGAUGGGAAGAGCAAAGGGUUUGGUUAUAUCCAGUUUGAUUCAGAGGAGUCUGCAAAUGAUGCUAUCCAGAAAAUGAAUGGCUCUACUGUGAGAGAUAAGCAGAUAUAUGUUGGGAAAUUUAUCAGAAAAAGUGAGCGCUCUUAUGGUGACUCUGAUGCCCAAUAUACAAACUUGUAUGUUAAGAAUUUGGACCCACAUGUUACCGAAGCACUUCUUAAAGAAAAAUUCUCCUCUUUUGGAAAAAUUAUUAGCUUGGCUAUUGCAAAGGAUGAGAAGGGGUUGUCAAAAGGUUUUGGAUUUAUGAACUAUGAAAACCCGGAUGAUGCAAGACGAGCAACGGAAGCAAUGAAUGGAUCACAAUUUGGUUCAAAGAACUUGUAUGUUGCAAGGGCACAAAAAAAGGUUGAACGUGAGAAGAUCUUGCAGCAGUGGUUUGUGGAAAGAUGCAUGGAGAAAAACAUGAAAUACAAGGGAUCAAACAUUUAUGUGAAGAACAUUAAUGAUAGUGUUAGUGACGAAAAACUAAGGGGUCAGUUUAGUGCAUGUGGCACAAUAACUUCUGCAAAAGUUAUGCGAGAUGACAAAGGAAAAAGCAAAGGGUUUGGGUUUGUCUGUUUCUCAACCCUGGAUGAGGCGGUUAAGGCUGUAAACAGUUUUCAUGGGCGCAUGUUCCAUGGAAAACCACUGUAUGUUGCUUUUGCUCAGAGGAAAGAUGUUAGGCAAGGCCUAUUGCAGCUCCAGCAUACUCAAAAACCAUCCGGAUUAGCUGGACCUUCCGCUGCUGUUACCCCCGGUGCACUUUCUCCUAUCAUCCACACCGGUGUUGUUUAUCAUCACCCUAUGGGUUCUACAACGUUUUAUCAGAGGACCCAUGUUUCUGGCCAGGAAGUACUUCAUUCAGAUUCUAUUUCAGCCAAGGUUUCUGUCAUCUGAAUAUACUUCAACAACCAAGAGAUGAUACCCCUCUUAAUAGGCGUAGCUUGUGAUGUGGUGGUUGAAACUUCCACGAACCAAGAUAUCUGAUAUUGUAAUACUUGAUUCUUGACAUUUGUGAUUUUUUUACAUGAUUUGUUCUGCAGACUGCAGUAUAUUUCUUGUCUUUCGAUGUGAAUAUGUAGUCAUGAUACAUACAUUCAGCUUUUUCAGUUUAAUUGUGAAUAUGGUUGAUAUGAUAACAUUCAAAUAAUGGAGAUAAGCUUUGUUUUCGA